AGAGCCUUUUUCAUCCUAACUUUACAUCCACCCACUCCUUACACACGGCUUUUCAGCCGGACUCUCUUCCACCAAGCUGGAAAUCAGUCCAAUAUUUUAAUCCAUCUGUCCACACAUCUGUCCCAAGGCAACAUUGUGUCAAACUGGUGGCAUUCUACUCAAGAAGGGUUUCGUAGAUGGACUGACGCUUUCUCCUCACCCCAUCCUCAGUCAUCUGCCAUGGAGGAAUUUCAAAGGAAGCUGAACCAGCGCUAUGAAGGCACCAAGCCCAGAAAGGUGAGGUUCAAGCUAGCGUCAUCCUACAGUGGUCGGGUACUGAAACACGUAUAUGAGGACGGUCAGGAGCUGGAAAGUCCAGAGGAAAAAUACCCUCACAGCUUUAUCCACCGUAAAAUCCCACCCAGCCACCUUGAGAUGGAGCAGUUUUGCAGCUUUGAGGAGACUAAUAGGGACGAACAAGGUUUCUAUCCAACAACAGGACUCAUUGCCCAAAGAAUAAAUGUAUACAGAGGGCUGAGAAACUACAAACCUGCAGGUGGUCAGACUGUGGAAACAGAGGGUGACAGCAAGUCCUCAGUUUUGGACUUUGGCAAAAUAAUCAUCUACACCAGCAAUCUCCGCAUAAUAAGAGCACCACCAAAGAAGCCUGAAAUGAUGCGGCAGCACUCCAUCCCUCCACUGGACUUGGAGGGAUGUCCAAAGGCCAGGGAUAGGGAAAGUCGGAAGAGGGCUAAAGCUCAUAAGGCACAGGAGGAUAUAGAAAAAGAGGAGAAUGGGAUUGAAAAUAAAGAUACCAAGGAGGCCGACAGCUGCCAGCAUUGUGGUGGUUCAGGCUGCGCUCCGUGCUCCCUGUGUCAUGGCAGCAAGCUGUCCAUGCUAGCGAACCGCUUCAAUGAGUCCAUCAGUGAUCUACGUUGCCAAGCCUGCUACCCCGAUGGUCUGGAGAGGUGCCAGUCCUGCUCCAGUAAAUAGCACCAUUUGGCCAGUACCCAUGUCUGGCGAUGAGAGUGCAGUGCUGAGUGUGUGACCGAUGCGCUAUCUCCUUGUCAGAACUGCCUCAGCCGCAAAACUGCUUUAAUCCCAAAAUGUUAUUGGUGGGAUGUUUGAGAGCUGUACAAGGAACCAUAAGCCAUGAGAAGACAAGGGAAUAAUGUCUGUUCUGUGGACACAAAAAUGAUGAAAUACCAAUUACUGUUUGCAGUGAAUGUUGCAUGAGAUAACACAAAAACAUAAUCCCUUUUUUGCUGUCACUUUUUUGCAUCUGUGUUCCUGUUCUCUGCAAAACCUGGUUCAACAACCCUGUUAUAUUUUUUAUUAUUAUGAAAAAUGUUGAGGUUAAAUGUUCUUUUUCUCAGUUUAUUAAUCAGAAAGAAUAUAACCUUUAUCAUGUCAAAAUGAUGCAUUCUUCAAAGCUAAUUACUUUUUUUAUGGGAGAAAACACAAAACACUGAAAAUAAGGAUGUAGUGUGAAAAAGUGAGUGUGAAAGAAAAAUGCUUUCUAAAUAAGGUAUUGUAGAUCAACUACUUUAAAAAAAGAAAAUAUUGAAAUUUAUCAAGUUAACAGAACACAUGGUUCAUGUUCUAUGUUCAAAAGGCUGUUUUUAUAGUGCAGUAGCACUAUUCCAUACAUGAAGAGCAACAUGCCCAUUUAAUGCACAAGUAAUAUUAUUUUGCUCAUGCAGUUUCGCACUCCUUAUUUGGAAUCUUUCUUGAUCAAAUCCUAAAACAAAAAUAAUAUUUUUUGCAUAUAUUUUUUAUUUCAUAUAUUUAUUAAAGUAUGUAAAGUGAAAGUUGUAUUAUGUCAAACAAAGCAAAUUUUCAGAUAUACAAUCUAGCUAACAGUUAUCUUACUAGGUUAUUAGUAAACAAUAUCACUAGGAAUUUCACAAUGUACAAUAUGCAACCAAUUAAAAGGGCAAUAAAAAGGAGAAAUUGACGUUAAUGUAGUGGUUGGUGACUGAUGGGCCCCAAAUCUAACGCUGUGUUCGAUCCUCAAAACAACUUGAGCCUGCUCUGAACAAGAAACACAAUGAACCAGUUCAGGAGAAUUCUGCAUUGUUGUUUUUUUUUUAUCAUGUUGAAGAUGGAGGGGGUAGAAAAUGAGAAAAAAACUAACAUAUAUCUUCUAUGCUGUAACAAUUCUGUUUUGGAUUUGAACCUGUAGACAAACAGUUUCAUAUAAGUGAAUUAUUAUAUAAAGUAUUGCUCCUUUACCAAACUUUGAGGAUUUUUAUUCAUCCUGUACCUCUGCCUAUCCUUAUCAACAUUCAAUAAAGACUAAUUAUUGCUGGUAUCUAUUAGUUGUAUUACCAGUAACAUGAAUUCUGCACUGAGUAAUUUAUGUAUUGGUAAUGAGUCUUGUAAAGAACAAAAUAUUCAAGCUGAUCAAACAGAACUGAUUUUGCAAACAUUCUUUAACACACGGGUGGAGAAAAAAAAGUCUAAACAUUGCAGAUACCACAGAAUCAUUAAUAACAGAGAGCCAGUAGGUUAACCAAACAAAUUCUGGCAUCAAAGAGGACAUUUGAUUUUCCUUGUUAUGGUCACCUUUCACUUAAAAAUCUUAACAGCUUUAAAUGACUCUCCUCCAGGUUCUUAUGGUGUUCUAUAAUAUUAACCUACUGUAUAUUCCAUGUAACUAAUAAAGAACUAAAAUUCAGAUAUAUUUUUUCAUUAUAACAAUAUGCAACUUUUAUUUACUGGCUGCAAUUUAUUUAGUCACCUUUCACUCUAGGGCACAUA